AUGUUUGUAGAUAUCAGUACUUCUAUACCCUCAGCACCAAAAGCAACAUCAAAAGUAACAUCAAGAGUAACAUCAAAAGUAAUAUCAAAAGUAACAUCAACACCGACAACAGCUUUCAACCCGUCUGUUUCUGUAAUGAUGCCUACUGAAUCUAGUAAUAGAACUUUCCCGACUUUUCCGACUUUUCCGAUAGAUAUUAAUUUACCUGCUAGAUUGGAUGCUAUAGGAAUAGCAGCAGUAGCAUUUACUGUUAUUUCUAUCUUAGUGGGUAUACUAAUAUUUUAUAAGAGAAAAAAAAAUCCUAAGAAGGCUAGUAAUGACAAUAAUGAACAGAACAUUAAACGAUUUCUGGGAAUUUUCACACCUCGAUACGGAUCUUUUAUUUCUAUAGUAUGGAUGAUUAUAUGGAUGUUAUUUAGUGGAUGUGUAAUGGCAUUUUCAAAAUAUUCCUUUUCUAUUUCAGAAUUUGGGUAUUAUAACGAAUAUAUUUCUGUUGUUAUACAAUACGAUGAUGUUCUUAGAUGGAUUGGUAUAAGUACGAUAUUGGUUUCAAUUGCUUUAUUGCCUGGCAUCUUCAUGAUCAUUUGCAAGUCGUCAUCCAUGACAGUGCGAAUGCUUGUCAAGAUUUUUAUCUUUGAAAUAUUUUAUUUUAUAAUGUCAAAUGUGGCAUUCAUAAGUGUCUAUGAAUAUGCGGGUAUAAAAUGUCGAGAAAAUUGUUAUAACUAUUAUAAUCUAGGAAUUUAUGUAGAACGUUUUCUGGCACAAAUGUAUGAAAAUACGUACACAGAGUUCAACAUGCCUCUAUGGACAAUUCCAUUAAUCUUAGGCACUUUUCCAAGCCCAUAUUUAUAUUGUUGCUUACAAUCUUAUGCAAGAGAACUGAAAAAUAAUGAAAAGGGUUAUGGUAAAAUAAGUAGCCUAUUGAAGUAA